UUCCACAGUACUUCCGCUCGCUCCUCCACGAACUUCCGCCCAGGAUUUCAACCCAGGCCUCCCUCACUCUCUCUUCCAACGCAUCUCCUCCGAGCACAACGCCGCCGGUCCCUCCUCUCCCUGCCGGAUCCUCCACCCGCCACUCCUCUUCCGGUCCAGUGGGAAGAGGAGAUCCAUUCGAGCGAGGACUGAUUCCUUCUUAUGUUGUAACUGGCAAUUCAGCUAGACCAUAAUUAUGAGUCUAGCUUGUCUAGUAUGCUAUGGCAUGAACAGCCCCUCACACUCCUUCAGAAGCUAUUCGGUCUCAAGCUCAGAGGAGGAAACCAGGUGUGGAGCUGUGGUUGCCUGCCUAUCUUGGAAAGCAAUGGCUACUGGAACUGCUAAUGGUGUUGGGACAUCAAAGGUGACCCCUUUUCCCCUAAUGGCUGCUGGUAAGAGCACCGAGGGUGCUCCUCGCCUUCAAAGGAGCCAUGCUGUUUCGAGGGACCUCGUCAGAAACUGGAACUUCGAUGAGAUUGUUGUUGGAAACUAGAUCAGGGUGCCAGCGGUUCGUUCCAGGUUGGACAUCAAGCUAUCAUCUGGCAGGAGAGUCAGCACUUGUUGUAAAUUUCCUAGUAUACAUCUGGGUAUCCAUGUACUAUAUCAGUACCUACUCAAUUGAUGAGGAAAUAUUAGAAGUGUACCGGUACUUCAAGAAACAAUAUCUUGUUUGUUAUAUAACUGCUAACUUGUGUAGUUACAUCAUUUUUUAGUGUGUUCUUUUGCUGUUACCAGACAUGAACAAUAAGCUAAGAUUAUUUAUGUACCUCUGGAUAAUACCUAUUUAGAUGGUGCCAUAUCAAGUCAAGUUUCAGGGAA